UAGAAAAGUCGACUCCCAAGCCUUCGCACGCCCGCGAUCCCGUCCAAAAGAACUAUCUCGUAAAAAAUGAAUAUCCUUUGUGUCAUAUGCAGCGACUUACUUACAAAACCCGACGAUAUUUUCUAUACGCGAUGCGGCCACGUCUUUCACUUCGACUGCCUCACCCAGUGGCUCGAGAGGUCGAAAACUUGUCCGCAAUGCAGGGAAAAAGUAACGCACAGUCGUAUUCACAGAUUGUACGUGACUGUGUCGAACGAAACCACCGUCGAGAGUGAUCCUCACACGCAAGAUAAACUUGCGAGCCUCAAGUUUCAAAUUCUGUUGAAAGAAAAGGAUAUCAAUUAUUUCAUGUCCAAAAAUAGUACCCUGGAGAAACAAAACGCGGGCCUGAGAAGGGAGGUAAGGAAAUUGGAGAGCGAAACCAACGAGAAAAACUCCGCUAUAUACGCGCUGAAGGAACAGAUCAAAUAUUUCAAAGAACAACUCUUGGAAUACGAAAGCGCCAAGAAGGAAAUUGCGCAAUUGAAGAGAAAGCUCGAAGAACUGAGAAACAUACAAAUGUUGCUGGACGCGCCGAUGGGAGACGUCAAAGAUAUAGUCGGAAGGGAUAAAGAUCCUGCCACUCUUCUAACUUACAUAUCCGUCAUGAAAAAAGAAACUAUAUCUAAUUUGAAAAAGAUCAAAUAUUUAAAGAUCAAAGUCAAGAAUCUUCAAGACGAACACGCCAGGUUGACUAUGACGUCCGAUGGGCUUCCACGGUGCUAUUCCGAUAACAGACUGCUCCAAGAGUUUACGUAUUACAAAAACGAAAAACUGGCGUUACAAGCGAGAGUCAACGAACUCGAAAAGAUUCUUGGUAUCGCGGAAAGUUCCAAUCACGUAGUCACGGGGAUACCGCAAAACGUCAAAGGAAGAGACGAAGUAACGCAGGAAUGCUCGUCGGCGGGUGCUGCGUCGAAAAGAUCGGUUGCUAGGAAGAGGACGCAUACGAGUUCUUCCGCGACAACGCGUAACAAAGAACACAUCGUAUCGAAGAGUAACGUGGAACGGAACGAUGCGCCUCCUUCGCUCGUAGAAACGUUGGACGAUGAAAGCUCGGAAAACGAUUCCAAAUUAAAGAGCACGGAGAGUGAUAUUUCCAUAGUCUUGAAGAAAACUAGAUCGUCUAGAAUGCACGAAAAAACCAAUGAUAAGGACGAUAUGCAUCUUAAUAAUAGCAUUGAAAGUGUAUUACAUAAAUGUAAACAAGCUGAUACAAGUACAAAUGCGGUCUCAAAAGCACCUAAAGAAAAAGAUGUAAGAGUCGGAAGAGAAAAACCAAGUAAAAUGAAACAUCACAAACGGGACGUUAUCGAUUUAACGUAA